GACAGCACGGCUAAAUUGUGUGUGCAAUGACAUGGAUAAGAAAGAAGAAUAGGAAGUAGCGAGAAACAGUCGAAUCACAUGUUUUAUGAGCAAUUGAGCAUCACUUGUGAUAUUAGUGCACAAACUCCAUUCGUAGAUUCAUUAAAUUAUAGACCCAAUUUGGCGUAAAUUUUUUUUUAGUAAAUCACCAAUUGUUGCCCAAUCAAGUGUUGAGCAAUAUUCAACAUUAUUGGAAGAAAAUUAAGUGUCUCAUUCCAAUCGAUAACUGUUCGCUAACGAUUUGUGCGAUACAAAUCCUCCAGCAAUAUGGCUGCCCUGAUGAAACAUGACACAUUUUGUUGGGAUUGCUGUGCCAUAAAUCCAACGUUGAAGUGCUUGAAUUGUCCGCGAUCGUUCCAUUCCAAAUGUGCUGGAUGUGCUGGAUUUGAAAAACAAAACGAUGGAAUAACUUGGCGGUGUCCCGUCUGCAUCAAAUUGGAUUUAACAAAAAACACCGACGACAAAAAGUGGUUGGACAUGUUGCCGACAAUGAUCGACGUCGUAAUCAACGUUAAGAAGUUCGGUGAUUUCAAUGUUUCAUUGAGAAGUGCAAGGUCCAUGUGCUUGGCAAAUCCAAUGGAUCUAACAAAGAUCAAAGACAAAAUUAACUCGUACACCAGCUUCUUCGAGUUUCUCACCGACGUCCACUAUAUCGUUCACAACUGCUUGGUCUUAUUCCCAGGGCAAUAUGACAUGUUAAAAACCGCCGAAGAGUUGGAGAAACACCUCAAAGUGGAAAUUGAGCGCGUGAAAAAGUGCGUCGACUGCUAUUCGAACACAAAAAAACAUCCGACGAACUGGUCAACAAUAGUGUGUACAAAACCACAUCUCGUUCUUUGGGUAAAAUUAGCUGGUCUUUAUUACUGCUGGCCAUCAAAGUGUAUGUCAGUUGAUGGGCAAAUGGUCAACGUACAAUUUUUUGGCAAAAAUACUGAAGCAAACGUUCGAGCUGAAAACUGCUUUUUGUACUCAAAAAUCAACCCAACAUUGAAUACGAUAACACCAUCGGACGGUUACAAGUUGGCAUUGAAAGAGGCCAAUGAGUACAUUGAAAAUGUCGGCAAAACCUUCGGUUCUUAUCAGCUCGCUGAAACCAAUGCUGUCUUCGACCCAACGAUGUUGAAUCGAUACCUCCUCGAUGCGAUUCCAGGAUAUGCCAACUCUCAACAGCCUUCAAGAGACAGCAACAAUCGUAGUCCCAAUGUACUUCCCGAUGCUGGCACGGGAGAUCAAAACCAUGCUAAUGACGAAGCAUUCGAUACAAUGGAUAAAAAACAUGAUGCAUAUUGUUGGAAGUGUUGUGGAAAGGAAACCACUUUGAAAUGUUCAUCAUGCAUUCGAUCAUUCCACGUUGGUUGUACGAUGAAUGCAAAUGAUGUGGACGUUAAGCCUACAAUUGAUGCAGAUAAUUGGUGUUGUUCCGUUUGCAAUAAACUGAAAACGUCCAAAAAUACGCAAGCGGAGUUGAAACGGAUACCAAUCAUUAUCCAUCGACUGUGGAAGUCAGAAUAUGUCGAUUUGAAUAAGAAAAAGAACAAGGGUGCAAAACGAAUGAAAUUGUCAAAACGAAUGAAAUUGUCUGCAAAUGAAGAAGAGGAUAUUUUUUGCGCUAGCGAUGAUAUUUUGAAUCCGAUUGAUCUGCCAAAAAUCCGAGUAAAGGCCAACUCGUAUACCAGCCUCGAUGAAUUUCAUGCAGAUGUCCAGUGGUUUGUUCAUAACUGUGGCAUAUUAUUUGGUGAAAAUCACUAUAAGACGAAAUUGGCAAAAUAUCUUCUGAAAUCGGUUUCGGAUGAAAUUGAAAGUGUAAGAAAGUGUGCGGAGUGUCAUUUUAAUGCGAAUCGAAAAGAGACACGACAGCAUUGGUUUACAAUGAUCUGUAAUACGCCGCAUCUCAUGAUUUGGGCACAACGAAAAAAUAUGCGAUAUUGGCCAGCCAAACUGAUGUCAGUCGAUGGGCAAACUAUCCACGUUCGGUAUUUUGGCAGCGAUCAUAUAAAUGAUAAUAUAUCCACAGAUAAAUGCUUUUUAUACUCUGAGAAAAGCCCAGGGAAGCCUCAAAACGCGAAAGCAAACGAUAAAUAUAAUUCAGCGGUCGAGGAAGCGGAUCAGUAUGUCAAAAAUCUUCGUGAAAAGUAUGGACCAUUCGAACUUGCCGAACCAAGAACGCCAUUCGAUUCGGCCUUAUUCAAUGACUACAUUGUGAAACUAACCUCAAGAAUUACGAUGUCUCCAGGGCAUAUGACUCCACCAAAUCACGAUGAAAAUGAAUGCGAUUUAGACGACAAUUUCACGGCACAAAGUGUGUCCGCUGUGUCAUUUAAAUCAGAACCAUCAAUGAGUAUGGAGGAUGUAGAUGAAUUUUUUGGUGAACCAAGUACCGGGCGAUUUGAAAACGAUGAGGACGAUUCAAGAGGAAAUUGCGAUACAGAUGAAAACGAUGAAAUGGACUCAACGACAAGUGACAAUGAUAUGGAAAUCAGUGGGGAUGAAGAUGAUCCGGAUGGUGUUUUGGACAUAAACAAUUCAUUGCAACAUUUGUCAAGAGGUUUCGGUCGUCUGUGCCAAGUUAAUGCCAAGUUGAAAGAACGGUUGACCGUUUCAGCGGAGAAGUAUGCAUUGGAAGUUAAAACGCUCGUGGAAACUAAUACAAAGUUGUUGGCCGAAAAUGAACAGCUUAAAGUCAACACCGAAAAUCAAAUUGAAGCAUUGAAAACGACUCAUGAAGAAGAAAUAAUUCGAUUGAAAGAAGAGCACCAGAGGCUAUUCGAUGACCAAAAACAAACGGUGAAACGGAUCAAACUAGACAGUUCACAGUCGGUCGAGGAGGCAAAGAGGAACAAGUAUUGUAUGGGAUGUGGCAAAGCAAAAAAAUUGGACAUUUUUGUUUGUGACAUGGAGUGCCAGCGACGUUGCUUGGAACGUGCAUCAAAUUGAUACGGAUAUAUUCGAUCUCACAACGAGGAACCCUUACAAUGGGAACCCUUACCACUAAGGUUACAUUCUUGAUAACAGACAUGCAACUCAUAUUUUACGUACAAAUUUUAAGCAAUUUUCAUUUUAAUCAUUUUGUUCAUUCCCACCCAAAAUGGUAAUAAAAUACAUUACAUUACAAACCGAAUUCAAAUCUGAAA